GUGAGAAAUUAGCUUUGCAACGUUCACGAAUUUUAGACAUAAAGCAAUGUCUCCUGUCCCUCCUCGAUCAACAAAUACAAAGAUCGUUGCUUUAUUUGGAUAUAUUCGAAGCACUAGAUCUUGUGGAAAACAUCAUGGCCGCUCUUGGGUUGCGACAGGUAGACAAACUACCUCCUUUUAACCCCAGACCUGUGGAGAUGCAAGUGCUGUGUCUCGGGUUCUCUCGGACGGCAACUAUGUCUUUAUGGACAGCAUUGAAGAAGCUCGGUUACACCACUUACCAUUUCAUGGAGGUCGCGCAGCCCGAGAAUGUCAAAGACGGACAUCUUCUUUGCUGGAGAGAGGCUUUGGAAGCUAAGUUACUCGGUAAAGGCAAGCCAUAUGGGCGAGAGGAAUUUGAGAAAUUGCUUGGACGGUACAGUGCAGUCACAGAUGCACCCAAUGUGUGCUUUGCCGACGAGUUACUGGAAGCAUACCCGAAUGCAAAGGUCAUCCUCAGCGUUCGGGACCCAGACAGAUGGGUGGCAUCUAUGGAAACAUCUUAUUACCGAAUCUUAGGAUGGUCAUCUUUCACAGCGUUGGCAUUCUUUGACAAGGUGCUUGGCACUGAGAGGGCAAUUUUCGAACUCGUGCUGAGGCAAUGGACUGAUGGUGACAUUUACAACCGUCAUAAGCUACGAGAAGGGUACAAACGACACAAUCAGCACAUACGAGAUAUUGUCCCGAAGGAAAACCUGUACGAAUUUCAUCUUGAGGAUAUAAACGGCUGGGAACCAUUGUGUAAAUUCUUAGGGAAGGAAGUCCCAAAUGAACCUUACCCGAGAAUCAACGAGGGAGAUAAUGCGGCGAAGAUCCACGUGUUUCUGUUUUGGCGGCAGCUUUUGAUGUUGGUCGGUAGGUGGUUGAGAUUGCCACUUGCUGUUGGUGGACUUGCCUGGGGAUUGAGAUGGAUGCAACGAAGAGGAAUGUUGGAAAUGAUACAAGAAAGAGUGACUGCCAGUUGAGCAUUAUCAUUGUAAUGGUCGAAUCCUUGCAGCCUAUUGUACAUACUCGAGGCUCUUGCUACCAGAAACCAUAGCUGGAUUUGAUGUGCGAGAAGGGUCAUUUAGGGAAGCCAAUCACAUAAUAUUCGGAAUGUGAGAUAACGAAUAAAAGGAAGGUAAUCGAUGCAGAUACUCCGCAUUUUUGAAGGAUGUGGACCUCUGAGCUCUGCCUCGAGUUCUUCUGCAGUGCAGGGUUGUCGCUUACAUGAAGCGGUUGAAAUUGGCUUUCCAGGGACAGCUACGCUAGACUUACAGGCUUGAGGCCGCUGGC